AAAGCUAAUUAACUGAACUAACUUGAAAUCCACCUUACAUCAAUGGGUUUUGGUCUUAUUAUCCGCAACAACAAGGGUAAAGUGCUUGCUGCAUCUUGUGACCGAGUGGAGAAGAGUUUAAACAACCUGUGCACAACGGCUUUUGUAACGAGCAGCUUUUGUAACGAGGAAAGCUUUACUUUUCUACCAAAGUACUAGUUGUUCUAAAGUGGAAGUGGAAAGCAACUUUGUUGAACUUGUGGACAGAAUAUGCUCUCUUGAGGCGACAUGGAUUCUAGAAGACAUUAGUUUAAUUUGUGAUAGUUUUGAUUUUAUUUAUUUUACUAGUAUUCUCUUACGAUGUAAUCGUGCUGCACUAGCUUUAGUUAGUGCUGCAAAAGAGAAAGAAAAGGUCAUUGUUUGGUUAGAAGAAUGUCUAUCUUUUCCCUUUACAACGUGAUUUACAUUAAUAAAAUUUACUAUCAUUUCAGCUCCCAACAAAAAAAAAAACAUGAGAUCCACCUCAUUGUUUAGAUAUAUACAUUCACAAUGCUUUUAGCUCCAACCUAAAUGGUUUAUGUCUCAUCCCCACUUCUGCACCUAUUGCAAGGAUGCAACCCCUUAAAACCUCCAAUCAUCUACCGUUCAUUUCAGACAUCACCCGAUGCCUACAUUAAACACAUUGAGAUGUACGCUCAAGAUCGAGCGUUGCACUCAGGAAAAAAACUACAUGCCCACCUGAUCACAACCGGCUUUGCUCGUUUAACCCAUUUUGCCGCCAAGCUCAUAGCCCUCUACACGGUUUGUGGAGAACUAUCCCAUGCACGCAAACUGUUCGACAAAAUUCCCACAACAAAUAUACACCGUUGGAUCGCCCUUAUCGGAGCCUAUGCUCGGUGCGGCUUUUACCAGGAGGCUCUGGGAGUGUUCCGUGAGAUGCAAGGACAAGGGUUGAGACCAAACAAGUUUGUCAUUCCCAGCAUUCUCAAAGCCUGUGGUCAUGUCUUGGACCGAAAAUCCGGGGAGAAAGUACAUGGGGUAGUUUUGAAGUGUUCAUUUGAAUCUGAUGCUUUUGUGAAUAGUGCAUUGAUUGAUAUGUACUCGAAAUGUGGCCAAGUUGAAAAGGCGUGGCACGUAUAUGAUGGAAUGGUUGAAAAGGAUUUGGUGGCAUUGAAUGCUAUGGUUUCGGGCUAUGCUCAACAUGGGUUUGCCAAAGAAGCAUUGGAUUUGGUGAAAAAGAUGCAAGCUUUAGGAGUGAAGCCUAAUGUAGUGACUUGGAAUAGCUUAAUUGCAGGGUUUUCACAAAAGGGUGAUCAAGUAAUGGUAUCUGAACUGUUUAGUUUGAUGUAUAGCAAUGGGGUUGAACCUGAUGUGGUAUCUUGGACUUCAGUUAUAUCAGGAUUUGUGCAGAAUUUCCGUAAUGAUGAGGCGUUUGCUAUGUUUAGAAAGUUAUUGGAUCAUGGGUUUUAUCCGACUUCUGCUACAAUAAGUAGUCUCUUACCUGCUUGUGCAACUGCAGCUAAUGUAAAGUGCGGGAAGGAGAUUCAUGGGUAUGCAUUGGUGAUUGGAGUUGAGAAUGAUAUAUUUGUAAGGAGUGCUCUUGUUGACAUGUACUCAAAAUGUGGAUUUAUAGCUGAAGCAAGGAAUUUGUUCUAUCAGAUGUCUGAGAAGAACACAGUUACUUGGAAUUCAAUGAUAUUUGGUUGCGCAAAUCAUGGGCACUGCAAUGAAGCAAUUGAGCUGUUCAAUCAGAUGGAGAAGGAAGAUGGAAAGAAGCCUGAUCACCUGACUUUCACAGCAGUUCUAACUGCUUGUAGCCAUGCAGGGAUGGUUGAAUUUGGACAGAGACUGUUCCACUUGAUGCAAGAAAAAUACAGGAUUAUGCCAAGACUUGAGCAUUAUGCAUGCAUGGUGGAUCUUCUUGGUAGAGCUGGAAAACUUGCUGAAGCUUAUGAUAUGAUUAAGGGAAUGCCCAUUGAGCCUGAUUUAUUUGUAUGGGGUGCAUUACUAGGGGCAUGCAGGAAUCAUGGGAAUGUAGAUCUUGCUGAAGUAGCAGCUGAGCAUUUGUCAGAGCUUGAGCCUGACAGUGUAGGAAACAAUUUGCUACUGUCAAGUUUGUAUGCUGAUGCCGGAAGUUGGGGGAAUGUUGUCAGGUUGAAGAGAAUAAUGAAGAAACGGAGGUUAAGAAAAUUUCCCGGGUGCAGUUGGAUAGAGGCCAGCUGAUACAAAAACAUCACUCUAAAAGGAUGGGAGCUGUGUUGGAAAUGGACCAUUUAAACUCGGAAAGAAAAUGAGCUGCAUGCUAUCAAUGAUAUCAGGAAAGGCUGUAAGAUAUAGCAGAUAAACUUCUGUGAUUUCCAAUGAAAUCUACAGCAGGAUGUUUAUUGUCCAUCAGCUACUCGGGGACAAUCAAUCCUUUGCAACUAGAUCCAAAAUGGAAGACAGGAAGUUCGGAAUGAAGAUCAUCCUCUGCCACCAAAUUUAUUCUCCUCUCUCUGCCUUUGAAUGAUAUUAGGGGGAGAGUAAUAGGAGCCACGGUUCUAAUUAUUUUCAGAUUGCCAAUUCCAUAACUCAUAAUUAUAUAUAAUUCUAUUGUUAAAUUGAUCUCA